AUGAGCACUUUUUCAGAACCGAACACGGGACUCCCCGGGUCAGGCUCUCAAGCAGUCCAGGCCAAACCCGUCACAACGGAAGAAGAGCCAAAAGACAUAAGUAUGUUCGAGCUGCUUCACUGGCUGGAGAAAACGUUUCCGAAAGAGUUCGAAGAGAAGCUAAAAUAUAUGACUUCCGACGAAAUACAUCAGUGGUUGGAGGAAAAUCACCCGGAAGAGUUCAAAAAGAUGUUGCCGAGUCGAGUCAAGAAGGGGACAACCAAUGCCGCCUUCCACGUACGUUCUCCCUCUCAGACAAGUGCUGUUCUUCGCGCUCUGCAAAAAGAUUGGAACAGUGUCUAUUUUCCGCACUCCCUAGUUGCGCUACAGGACCUCAUUCGGCGAUACCAGCUACUCGAUGUGAGUAAGUAUUACUCAAAAACCUUGGUAUUCGUCCAGAGCAGUGGUAUGGGUAAAUCAAGAUUAGCAGAUGCUUUUGGCCAACGCUGUCCGAUGAUCAACUUCAUUCUUCGUGAGUCUGGGACUUCCGGCUUUCCACCUCCUGAUGAAGCGAUAUUAUUAUUUCUGCGCGAUCCGCCGCCAACCAACAUUCCCGAGCCUAUCAAUCGACAAGAGAGAUCUAGUGAUUUUCUGAAGAGGAGAGCAGUCGUAGCGUGGAAUCAUACUCUCGCUACAGCAUUGCUCCAAGCCAGUUUCGAGACAUUCCAUAUUUGGGUGGAGAGUCAGCCCUUUACCAUGAUGACUCUAGAAGAGCUUGCAGGUAGCAGGCAUGCAGAGAUGGCAACACUUGAACCAGCUACCGAUGCUCAGGACGCUAAGAGCCAACGGUCCAAGAUGCGUAUCGAGUUCUGCGAUUCGGUAGCGAAGAGAGCUCGAGUGAUCACUCAAGAAUUAAUUUCCAGCCCAAAUUGGAUGGAGAAGUUCGACGAUGACCGACCGUCUAAGGUUCACCAUCGUCUCGAAAACGUGGACAGUGAACCUGACUCCCAUCCCUUAAACGGCCUUCUCAAUGCUGUCCAAAACCUAAUGAAAAUUCUUCAACAAUGUCGAGGCACUAACAACACGGGCCCACUCUUGGUGAUCGUGUUCGACGAGGCGUCAAGCUUAAUGAGAAUGCGGCCGUCUGACAAACCCAACAUUGGACUCUAUGUAGCGCUCAAUCGAGUCAUCAGUUGUCUGAAGAAGUUUCGUGCGUGGUCUUUCUUCCUCUCAACCGAAUCUCUCAUCGGAUACCUUGUACCACCGAGAAAUAUCAUUCGGACUGGCGAUUAUCUUCUGGACACCUCCGCUCGUAUCAGCUUUACAGAGACCAACACCGAACUGAUGCGAUUUUCCCCCUUUGUGAGUCUCCAGCUCGACGUUGAGGACAGACGAAAGAUGCAGAAUCCAAAACUAAGGAAAAAGGAGCUCCGCAAGUCGUUAAAGGAAUUUGCAAAGCUAGAUCAUAUGGCCCAAUUCGGCAGGCCUCUCUGGUAUGCAUAUGCAAAGGAGAGCCAGGGGAUGAUCGAAUUGGCCAAAUUGAAGCUCAUUGGUGGCCAGCAACAGGGGUAUUACAGUUCUGACGACCCGAACCACGUAUUUGCUGCGCUGUCCUUCCGUCUCUCUUUGGAUGUCUGCCUGCAGAACCCCGUCACCAUCUCUCUCACAAGGACUGCGGUGAAUUCUUUUAUGAGGGUGGUCAUAUCCAUGGACCACGAGACCGGAGUGAUGGACACAAUGACGCCAUCAGAGCCAGUCUUAGCUAGAGCGGCUAUGGAACAUCUCUGCAGCAACGUCAACUGGCCGGGUAGUAUUCAAACACUCUGCAAGGAGCUUCUUGAGAAAGGAUUGAUAGAAAAAGGGCGCAAAGGAGAACUCUAUGCUCGGUUAAUGUUAAUUCUGGCACACGACUGGGUUCGAUGGGCUCGACAAGGUCAUACGCCAAAAUUUGCACCAACCUUCACGGUUUCCGACUUUCUCCUGGCAUUGUAUGCUAAGGAUCAUCACAAUUUAAUUGAAAAGAUGCCUAAGCGGAUACUCGAAGCCAGAAUGAACUUUACUCAUUUUCUACCAACUGAUUCAGCACUUACCCCCGAGGUCAUCCCUGGAUUAUGUCGCGACCUGUUACGCCGAAGCGCUGCGAUGCAGCUAUCUUGGUGCCAGGAAACAUACGAUCUGCUCAUUCCCGUGUACUAUGGCACGGAGGAUGAGGAGUUCGACCCAUCGAAUUGUGGAGUCAUCGCAGUACAGGUGAAGAACAAGAAAGAUGCUACCACAGUGAGAGAGAUCUUUCGAGAGGACUUUAUUAAUGUCGACCAGAAGUCGAAUUGGGACCAAUCGAAGGCAGAGAGUUCUAAGCGCGAGAGGAAAGAUUCUGGGAACGACGAGAAAGAUUCUGAGCGCGAGGGGAAAGACUCUAAGCACGACAAGCAAGGUUCUAAGCGCGAGCCGACGAAAUUUAUAUUCAAUCAGAUAAAGAACCCUAUCCUGUGCCUCCUCUUCGAUCUAGGGGUAGUCAGAAGCAGCAGGGCUUACACCCCACUUGUUCAAGUGAUGCGGAGCGAAAGUGGACAGCAACCUGAUUUGUGGGCGAUCCAUUCGCGAGGACACGACCGCACCAUCUUUGGCUGCUUAGAGCAUAUGAAGACUACAGAUUCGAGCGAGCGGUUCUUUGCUUCGGUACAAACGAACGAAACUCUGGCUGACCGACUCUCUCGGAGAAAUAGAAUGUUUUCUCAGCUAGAGGAAGACUACAGAUAUGAAGGAUUUGAGCAUGAAGGGGGAACGAGUUCGGGAGGGAGUGAGGCCAGUGUACAGGAACAGAGUGUGGAUGAGGCAGGAAAAGAAAGCGGAGUGGUUGAUAUCGAAACUCAAGAAGGGGAAGCAAGCGGUACUCGAUCGAAGGGAAAGGAAGUGGAAAGGCUUAGCUUUAGAUAUGAAGGAUUUGAGCAAGAAGGGGGAGCGAGUGUGAGAGGAAGUGAGGCCAGUGUGCAGGAAGAGUGCGUGGAUGAGACUGGAAAAGAAGGCGGAGUGGUUGAUACCGAAGUGCAGGAAGGAGAAGCAAGCAACAUCGGGUCGAAGGGAAAGGAAGUGGACAGGCCUAAGGAUAACCGGUUCAGCAAAAGAGCCCGCAACUUUGCCAAAAAUCAUCUCCCGUUUCGGAGACGCUCGGAGGAAAAAGGCUGA